AUGGAUGGGGAGGUCAUGCCUCCGCUUCUGGAAUGUACCGAUAUCCUAUCUCGGCUAGAGAAGAACAUCACCUCGUCUAACCUCGUGGUUGAGAAUGAUGCUGCCAUACCAAAAUCACGACGAAAAGAAUCUUCUAGCUUCCGUGCAGGCCUACAUACUUUACAGCAUCGUUCUGUUGUUUCAGAGCAAUCGACAGAGCCGGACUCACCGAGCAGAUCAAAUCCUUAUAAUAGCCUACAAGAUAUCACAUUAGAACUGGCCAAGACAGGACUCUUACUGGAAGCAGAACUACAAUCAGGCGUACCUGCAUGGCAAGAAUGGGUUUUGAUGGCUGCUAAGCGACGCACGAUUCUUGCCGCACAUAUGUUGAUGUGGGCGUGGUCAUUGAAAAAUAGAUAUCCUCCAUUUGCUUGUUUUGAGAUCUCCUUUAUGCCGACUCCAGCUCCAAAAAUGCUCUGGCACGCACAAAGCGAAGGAUGGGAGAGCCUGUAUAGUAAUAGGUUGAGCGGGUGGCUGGAUGGUGGUCCACAACGUCUCGAAGAACUGAUGGUCAUUGGGCCCGAGAUUGAGAUAGCUCCGCGAUCACAAAGAUGGCUUGAAGAAGCAGAUGAGUUUGGCGUACUUCUCAUGUCCGAAGCUGUCGAAAGAAUAGACAUUAUCAACGACAGCCUCGACAAUUUCGCUCGCAGUACCACUGUCUUGAUUAACGCCGUAGGUCCAUAUUCAUCAUACGGUACACCAGUCCCAGAGUCAUGCGCCAACAACGGCACCAGCUAUCUCGACUUCUCCACCGAAACACCAUGGAUCGAGGAGAUGAUUCGAAAAUAUCAUGCAAAGGCAAAACAAAACUUAGCCAGAAUCAUCCCUGCCAUCGGAAACUCCAGUUCUCCCUCCGCCAUCACCGCAUAUGUGUUGGCAAAGCAACAUCAGAAGCUCUACGGCGCACCAGUACAAGAGAUUCUCAGCUCCUACGACAUGAAGGUCAAUGGCAUGAGCAGCGGCUCCUUAUCUUCUAUGAUCGACGUCGUCUCUCACUACGGGAUCAGUCCCCUACUGUUCCCCAAACCCCAGAGACUCUCCCUUCCCAGUGAAAUUCCACAGACACAUUUGACAAAACCAUUCUUAGGGCACAAAUAUGAUGCCGAUCUCGGUCACCUGGCCACCUCGUUCGGUGCGCCUGGUAACGAAGCGGUCGUCUACCGAAGCCAACAUCUGCAAAAAUCAAUCUAUGACCCGGAAUUCACGUAUCACGAAUUCAUGCCAAUGAGGAGCACCACUCAAGCCAUCAUCACCCACCUUCUGACCAAAUUCGCUAUACUCUUGCUAUGGCUACCACCUUUCAGGGCACUCAUCAACUCUUUCAAACCCGAGCCUGGUACAGGUCCAUCAAAGGAAGUGGCACGGGGAGAAAGAAUCCGAGUCCGCGCCAUCGCAAGGGGCAACAAAUCAGAAAAGCCCUUAACAACGGAAUAUUUGUACGAAGGAUCUAUGUACCAUCACGCUGCUAUGCUCGCAGCGGAAGCGGCGAUGGUUCUGCUGAGUCUCCGGAAAGCCCCGACGGGAAGCAGUCAAAAGGAUGAACAAUUUGGCAUCCUCACACCAAGUUGCCUUGAAAUGCCAUUCGUUGAGAGAUUGAGAAACGCCAGUGUCAAGAUUGACGUGUCGGAAUAA